AUGUUUACAAAGAAGGGUGGUGGUGACAUGCUCGAGAAAGAUGUGCUACUGGAAAUAAAUCUGGCAGAUCAGUUUAUUAAGAAUAUAACAAUUGACGAUAAAGGUGUAAAUAUUGGAUAUUCAGAUAUUUGUGCACGUGUAGGCGAAAAAUGUUUUGAAAAUCCGAUUAUCGAAAUAUUGCCCGAAAUUGAUAAAAUAGUGCAGAGAAAAAAGAAAUUGAAGUAUCCGUUCGACAUAGAUUCGCUGACAUACUCUUCUCAAAUUUAUUCUCUCAACUUUGGGGGUGUAACUGAAGAUGAAAACGAUUUCAUUCAGACAGUAAAUGCUAUGAGAUUAGUUUAUUUCACUGACGAAAGCGACAAGAAAAAACACAAUGUGAUAGAAAGAUGGCGAACAGAAGUUUACAAUCAAAUAAGAAAUCAUCAGUUUAAAUAUGUUCUGUUUUUCAUUGACUACAACUGGUCAAUGGAACAACAAAAUGUGCAAUUAGUAGAAAAUAUAAAACCGAUGAUCGGUGCAGUAGUUGCAUUUAUUUCUGUGUUUACUACAGUUACGUGUAUGAGCAAUAAUUGGGCAAAAAGCAAGCCUUUUCUGGGUGUUGCAAGUGUCGUUUCUGCCGGUCUGGCCGUGGUCACCUCUUUCGGCUUCAUGUCGGUUGUCGGUGUACAGAAUACCAUUUGGAACAUUACAAUUCCAUUUUUAGUUCUCGUGACAGAGAUCGAUGAUGCCUUCGUAUUAUUGGCAUGUUGGAGAAUAUCAAACCCCAAACAUAAAGUACACAAACGCAUGCAAGAAACAUUGGGUGAAGCAGGAGUUUCUAUAACGUUAACAUCGUUGACUAAUCUGUUUUCGUAUUGCAUUGGAAUGACGGCAUCUUUUCCUCUUAUAAGAAUGUUUUGUUAUUAUUCGGCAACCAGCGUAGUGUUUACAUUUUUGUAUCAAAUAACAUUUUUUGCAGGUUGCAUGGCAUUAUCAGGAUAUAAAGAAGAAAAACAACAACAAGCAUUCCGUCUUAAUAUCCAAGAUUUUGAAAAUGGAUCUACAGAAGAAGAAACGUCAACUGAUGAGCCAUCAAUGGCAUAUUUUAGGGAUAAGUUGGGAAAAAUUCUAUGUAUGAAUGUAAUGAAGUUAACAGUUAUCGUUGUGUACUUUCUAAAUUUAUCACUUGGAAUAUGGGGGGCCUUAACUAUAAAACACGGUAUAGAUUUUACUAAGUUAUAUUCACAAGAAUCGGUAAUAACACAGGACUUAAAUGUACAAAAAUCCGUAGACGAACUACUCAACAAAUUCGAAAGUCUUCCGUAUGUUGCAGAUUCUAGAUUCACGGUAUCUUGA